CUUGACAUCAUUCACUUGUGAUGCUGCUGGAUGACAGGGGCAAAACAACACUAGAAGAGUUGCCCAUGUUUACCUCAAGAGUUGACCAUAAAAUACCUUUAACAGCAGCUCGUUCCCUGAUGUUUCUACGGAUAAAAACGGGAUGUAGCCAAUAAAAUGGAGUAUGAUGAGAGACUUGCACUUUUCCGCCAAACUCGCCUCAAUCCCUUUGAUCGUGGAGAGGAAGAAGAUGGUCCUCAAGAAGGCAAGACACCCCCUCAGCAUGAAGCAAGACCUGAGCUGUUUUCUGGGAACAGAACCCAGAGUUCAGAUCGGACCAUGGAUCUCGGUCUAGCUGAGGACCACUUCUCAAGGCCUGUGGGUUCCUUUGUGGCAUCAGACAUCGAACAGCUGAAACUGGCCAUAGAGGAGUGUAAGAAGCUGAUUCUGGAGCUGCCAGAACAUUCAGAGAGACAGAAGGACACUGUGGUGAAAUUAAUCCACCUGCGCCUCAAACUGCAGGAACUUAAGGACCCAGAGGAAGAUGAGCCUAAUCUCAGAAUUGUUCUGGAGCACCGCUUUUCCAAGGAGAAGAGCAAGAGUGUGAAACAGACUUGUGACAAGUGUAGCACCAUCAUUUGGGGUCUUAUACAAACCUGGUAUACCUGCACAGGAUGCUAUUAUCGUUGCCAUAGUAAAUGUAUGAACCUGAUCACGAAGCCCUGUGUCAGGUCAAAGGUCAGCCACCAGUCGGAGUAUGAACUCAGCAUCUGCCCAGAAAUAGGACUGGAUCGGCAAGACUAUCGUUGUACUGAAUGUCGAACACCUAUUUCGCUGAGAGGUGUACCAAGUGAGGCCAGACAAUGUGACUACACAGGCCAGUACUACUGUAGUACAUGCCACUGGAAUGACACGGCCAUCGUCCCAGCUCGCGUCAUCCACAACUGGGAAUUUGAACCACAAAAGGUUUGUCGCUCCUCGCUGCGCUACCUGGCACUCAUGAUGUCACGGCCUGUGUUGAAGUUGAAAGAAAUCAACCCCCUGCUUUUUAACUUUGUGGAGGAACUAGUUGAGAUCAGGAAACUUCGUCAAGAUAUUCUCUUGAUGAAACCUUAUUUUAUUACUUGCAAGGAGGCAAUGGAAGCUCGGCUGCUACUACAGUUACAAGAUCGCCAGCACUUUGUUGAAAAUGAUGACAUGUACUCACUACAGGAUUUGAUUGACAUCUCAAGCGGUAGACUCAGCUGUUCCCUCACUGAGAUCCACACCACAUUUGCUAAGCACAUCAAACUAGACUGCGAGCGUUGUCAGGCAAAAGGAUUUGUGUGUGAACUUUGUAAGGAGGGAGACAUCUUGUUUCCUUUUGACAGUCACACCUCAGUCUGCCAUGACUGCUCUGCUGUCUUCCACAGAGAUUGUUACUAUGACCAUUCCACAACUUGUCCACGAUGUGCCCGAAUGACGGAGCGAAAGCAGGACGAGGUGUCAGAUGUGAAAGAAGCAUGACUGCCUGAAGAAACACCAGAUCAUUUACUGGAUGUUGCACUUUGCCUUGUGAGCGAACAAGUCUGAGCAAACAGUUAAAUCUUUGUUCAUUGUUUAUUUUCUGUUCAUGCUGUACCAUCUCUUUUCUUUUCACUACAUAAAGAAGCAGGGUCCUAAAAAAAAGGUCUGUCUGAAACUUGAUAUAUCUAUUUUUUAUCAAACUGGAAUUUGGCAUACUGAACAGUGUAUGUCUGUGUCAGGUCAGAAUGUGUUGUGUGUUUCUGUGUGUAUGUGUGUGUGCAUGGCUUUUUACAAAUGUUCCCCAUAAAGAAAUUCAUUGACACUUUAGUAAUGAUGGAUGCAUAAUUUACAAUGAUGACCUGGCAAGAUACGGCACAAGAAAAAUUUUUACAGCAUUGAUGGUACAGUAUAAGGCAGAUUUUUCAUAGUGCUAAUCCUAAGUGUUGUCAUUUAUGGUUUUGAAUUGUGAAGACUACAUUUCCAGUUUGACAUAACAAAAACCACAAAAUGAAAUCAGCCAAAACAUUUGCCUUUCAGCAUCCUGUAAAAUGCUUUUCACUAAAAUCUCGUCUUCAACUUCAUACUGGACUGUUAGCUCCAAGCAUCAGUUCAUUUUAUAAGUUAUGAUUGUUUGGCUUCAUUCGUUUCACUAUCGGAUUGGAAUCAUAAUCUGCUGCUCUGUCUAACAUUUUAUGAGGUUUUAAAUUGAUAUUUUAAGUCCUUAAAGCAAUAUUUAUUUUCAGUAUUCCUUCUGCAAGUUACAUGACAGUGCAGGCUUGCUCUAAGAUUUUAGAUUUUCCCUCAGCUACCCUACAUACUACAGAAAAUAAUUGUGACAAGAUAGGUUGUAUAUAUACAAUCAUUAACUCAAGAACAUUAAUACAUAUAUCUGCAACAGAUGAGUAAUAUAAGCAUGCACCUACAGUUCACUUUAUUUUAAGAAGUUGUUAACGGAAAUAAAAAUGUUGAAGUUAUUAAUUGUUCUUUCCUGUUUAAAACUGAAAUAAAUGUGUACCUUUGCUUUGUGUUUUAUCCAGUUUUUUAAAUGUUGUGUAGAAAAUAGUGGAUACUCAUGAACUUUGUGUGCCUAAGUCAAGCUACAGCUGUUAUCCAAACAUAUUAAUAACAUCAUCUGAAUGGUUUCAGUCUUAAAGUACUUAUAACACAUCUUCUCUACAGUUGAUAAAUGUAGAUAUACAUAUUAAAUGGCAACUUGUGUAAACAUGGACCUUAAGUAUUUGUUUUAAAAUAAUGUUUUGGCUGUGUUAUUUUUCAGCAGCAUGAUGUGCUGUAUAUUUUUUUAAUUAAUGGAUAUAUGGUGUUGGUAAAAGCAAUGCCAUGCUGUUAAACAUUGUAUUAGUGCAUGAAUAAAGUAAUUAAAUG